UGACAUCAGCUGACUGUAAGUCAUUCUUAACCGAAUGACACUGUGAUGAUCAACUCUAAGGACAUAAAGCAACCUUAUUAAAACAGCACCGGUUUCACAUCAAUAUUCAGGGUUCAUUUUACAUUUAUGAUGAGGACAAUGAUCACGUUUAUUAUUUUGUGUGUCUGCUUUCUGACUGAAAAUGGUGUGUUUGGUGAGGAAGUGAAGUCAGUGUUAGUGACAGAUGGAGAUAAUGUUACUCUACACACCGAUACUGUGAAACAGACAGAUGAUCUGAUACUGUGGUAUUAUGGACCUGAAAACACUCUUGUUGCAAGAAUCAAUGGAAAGGAAAAUAGUGAGAAAUUAUCUGUUGAUGAAAGAUUCAAAGACAGAGUGAUGCUGAACCAUCAGACUGGAGAUCUCACCAUCACAAACAUCACAACUCAACACACUGGACUUUAUACACUAGAGAUCAGCAGAAACAAUAAAAUCAAAGAUAAGAAAUUCAAUGUUACUGUAUAUGCUCAUCUGCCGGUUCCUGUCAUCAGCAGUAACUCAUCACAAUGUUCUUCAUCAUCAUCAAAUUGUUCAUUAUUGUGUUCAGUGUUGAAUGUGAGAGAUGUGAGUCUGUCCUGGUAUAAAGGAAACAGUUUAUUGUCCAUCAUCAGUGUGUCUGAUCUCAACAUCAGACUCUCUCUUCAUCUGGAGGUUGAAUAUCAGGAUACAAACACAUACAGAUGUGUACUCAACAAUACCAUCACAAAACAAACUCAACAUCUCAACAACAUAAAGAAUCUCUGUCAGAUGUGUUCAGGUGUAACAGGUGAUUAUUAA